CGCCGAGCAUUCCGACGACGGCAGACAACGCGGCACGAUCAAGCCGAGGUAAUCGUUGUGCUACGAUCUCAUUGCGUCGCAUCCCAUUUCAGCGUGUAGAACCGCGACUACGACCCCAGGCGUCCAAAAACCAGCCAUGGGUGUGAUGAAAACCGCGUCAGAGAGCAUCCUGGAGGAAACCGUGGUUCCCAGCGAGGAGGCCAACUACUCCGUACCGGGUCACGCCGAAGAAUGGACGGAAACAUUCCCAUAUCAGGUGUUAGUAGGAACGGGAAUAGUGUUGAUGGCUUUAUUCUUGCUGGCUGCCGUGAGUUUCCAAUGUUCGUUUACCUGGCGAUGGUUAAUGAGGGUGAGGCGGCACAUGAAGGAGGAAGACAACGAGAGCGACUUAUCGCAGCAGAACGCUAUACGUAUCAGCCAUUCCUUGCCGGAUCUUCAAUCGGAGCCAAUCACUCACGAGUACGUUCAGGAGCAAAAGGACAACAAAAAGGUGCUGCGCCAGACAACUUUACCCAUCGUGCCGAUGAGACACCAGAGCUUUCAAAGGCAGCUCUCCCAUCGGCUCGACCUGCCGAACAUCAAGUUCAGCAUCUGCAGCCUGGAGAAUCACAGCGACUCGAGCCUCGGGUUAAUUAAGCCAGAACUUUACAAGAAGGAGCUGGUGAGGCAGGAGAGCACCGAGAGCUCCAGCACCAUAGAAAUGGAGUACGCGGGAAGGCUGCAUUUCGCUCUUCGCUAUGACAAAGAGAUCGAGGGGCUAGUCGUUAAAGUCUUGGAAGCUCGAGAACUACCAGUCAAAGACGUGACAGGCAGCAGCGAUCCUUACAUAAAGAUAUACCUGUUACCUGAUAGUAAGAAGAAGUAUCAUACGAAAGUGCACAGGAAGAAUUUGAACCCCGUAUUCAACGAGACAUUCAUCUUCAGCGUGUCCUACGAGGAACUGAGGGAACGCUAUCUUCAAUUCUCCGUUUACGAUUUCGAUCGAUUCUCUCGACACGAUCUGAUCGGUCAGGUUGUGGUCAAGGGAUUACUAGAGUGCACCGACCUUGAGCAAGAAAUCCCCUACACGAUGAACAUCAUGUGCCCUAUGCAGGAAAAAAUGGACCUAGGAGAGCUGAUGCUGUCACUCUGCUACCUACCAACAGUUGGUCGGCUAACAGUGACCAUAAUUAAGGCUAGAAAUUUGAAAGCCAUGGAUAUAACAGGAUCAUCUGACCCGUACGUGAAGGUGGACCUGCUCUGCCAAGGUAAAAGGAUCAAAAAGAAGAAGACAGCCGUGAAAAAGAAUACGUUGUUCCCAGUGUAUAACGAAGGUCUGGUGUUCCACGUGCCAGAGGACAACAUCAAGGACGUCAGUCUCAUAGUAAAAGUAAUCGAUUACGACAGGAUUGGAUCGAACGAAUUAAUGGGCUGCACGGCCAUUGGCUCCAGUUUCAUCGGCGUCGGUCGUGACCAUUGGUUGCAGAUGCUGAAUAAUAAAAAAAAUCCCGUGGCGCAAUGGUACACCCUGUUGGAAACGGUCGCUGGUCACGUUCCAUCUGUGAAUUCGGAGCCGCUUCCAAUGAGUCUGAGUUGCUUGAAUAAAAGAUGAAGACAACACGGCCGAAUUAAGUUUCGCGGGAAGUCGCAGUUUUUGUCAGACGUCGGCUUGGGCGUUGUUUCCUUCUGUCGUCAUUUAAUGCACACCGCUUGACUGACUUAAGUACAAUUUCUAUCUCAAAUGGCUCCGAAGAAACACAAACAAACAAACAAACAAACAAACAACAAAAC